AUGCUACCCACCUGGCUAACCGCUGAGUAUUUGCAGCCCAGACUUAGGGCUUACUGCCAGGAUGACUGGCUGCAGGUCCUUAGAAUCUGGGCCAAGCCAGCGACGGGGAAAGGAGAGAACUUCGCGGGCGUGAUGACCCGCAUCUAUGUGGACUAUCAGCUGGGCGAUGGAUCGGUUGUGAAUAAGACCUACAUAGUGAAACAGGCUCUUUCCGCCGACGUUCCCCAGGCGGAGGUCUUCUUCGAGUAUGAUCUGUACACCCGGGAAAUGGACAUGUACGAGUUCAUACUGCCCAAGUUGAAGGAACUGCUGCAGGAAGCUGGGCUUGACGGAAAGCUAACUGCAGAUGCCAUCGCCGCGGAUCGCGAGUACAACACCAUGAUUCUGGAGGAUUUGGCGCCGUACAAGUUCGUCAAUGCGGACCGCGUGAAGCAGCUGGACAUGGCACACACCAAGCUGACACUGGAUAUGCUGGCCAAGUUCCAUGCCGCCUCUAUAGUCCUGCAGGAGCGCCAUCCGAACCUGCUAACCAAGUGCUUCUUCACCCACUUCUUUUCGCGUGACAAGAAGGCGUAUUCGGAAGUCUUCGCCGGUUUGUUCAGGGCGUUCCUGAGGUUCAUAGAUGGCCAGCCGAAUCUGAAGGCUGCCUAUGGUGACAAACUGCACAAGCUGCGUACCCACAUCAUGGAGUAUGGAGCCCGGGCCUACGAUGUGGGCGAAAGUGAUUUGAAGACAUUGAACCAUGGCGAUUGCUGGACCACCAACAUCAUGUUCCAGUACGAUGAUGCGGGUGAACCUCGUUCAGUCGUAGCCAUCGAUUUUCAGUUCAGCAACUGCACAUCGCCCACCAUUGACUUGCACUACUUCUUCACCACUUCUCUGCGGGAAGAGGUCAGGGACAAGGAAACGGAGCUCGUUGAGCAUCACUAUAAGGCUUUAAAAGCGAACCUGGAGAAGUUCUCCUUUAAGGGUUCCUUUCCCACCCUUCAGGAAUAUGAGCUUCAAUUUGAACGACGCCGUUUCAUGAGUCUUUUGGCUCACAUGUUUAAGCCUUGCAUGAUUUAUAAUGGAUCUGAAGAGACCUCAGACUUCUCCAGUCUGUAUACGGACAGUCCUGAAGGACUUCGCUACCAGGAGUCGGUUUAUGCCAGCGAAGCGGUGAUCAGGAGUGCAACCAAACUGCUGGCCAUUCUUGAUGCCAAGGGUCUUUUGGAUCUACAGUAG